AUGUGUGUAGAUACUCUCAUCACCUACACUGCUUGCAGUUGCAAGAUUAUGAUCAAAACAAUUUGUUUUGAUCAUAUUCAGCAUACACUUAAGCAAGAAGAUAGGAAUCCAUGUCCUAAGAAGAUUCAAGGUCUUUAUACAAUGAGAACAAACCCCAACACAUGCUUCCUCAAAUCAGGCAGUAAACUCGAAGAUGGCCGCAUUUUUCGACAUGGUUCCCACCGCACACGUCACUACUACGAGUUUGAACACGACCCCAAUGAUCCCAAGAAACGUUGGGAGAGCUGGGAACGUAAGAACCGUGGCAAAUCUCGUGAGAGAGCGGAUAGCAUGGAAGCCAAUGUCAGUGCUGGUGAAGAUAGGAUGAAGCUGAAUCUUGAGGCUGAUGAUAACGACAGUCAUAAGGAGAGAGAAUCUGAGAUCAGAGAGUGGCAAGAGGUGACUAAGAACAAUAGACCGCCCAGAGUUAAGGUUGAGGAGACGGCCACGGAGAAGGAACAGCCUGCUCCUGGUCGAAAGACUGUCAAUCAUGUUCUUUAUGACAUGUUUGAUUCUCGCAGCGAUGAUGAAUUUUCUGAUGACGAUUGGAAGCCAGAGCCUAAGGUUGAAGUCGACCCAGAAGAUACAGUCCCAUGGUCCUCCAACAACGCCCGCUCUUUCUCCGACCCUACACGUGCAAGUGGCACCACCACCAACCAAGACGAAUAUACCUCUCCAAAGUCCCGCGACGACGGAGGAAUAUUCCACAAUCACAACACCAAUUUCUUCUACGGCGCCGAGCCCGAUCGUCCCGCUACCCCUCACUCACAGUUCAACUUCAAUCCUCCCUUCGCCGGCACACACACCAAAUACAAUACCGACAAAUCGAACUCCAGCCACGGAUCCAGCUCUGCACGCACCGACAAGGCCAUGGAUCUCGGCUCUCCCAGACACCGAGCUCCGCUUCUAGAAAAGACAUCCCCAAGAAGACAUGAUCUCUACCGGCCUCGGUAUCCCUCCAUGCCCGUAGAUGCCAAUUCCAGCUUCUGGGCUGGCCAUCUCAAUCAAACAGGUUCGAGUCGUCCUCCUCCGUACUUUCCCAGCCCUUCGACUCUCGCGCCAUCUAAUACUGCAGCUGGUGUCUUAUCUGGCUUCUCCGGAGCUCGUGAUGAGAACACUGCGAGCGGAGAUGGAGAAAUUCGGGGUGUGUAUGGUAAUUAUACUGGUGAAGAGAGUUACGAGCGAGAGAACAAAAAGGCUCGGGUGGAGAGAUCGGAUGCGAGCAAUGUCGAUUCCGACAAUACCAUGAGUGCUACCAGAGACAAUGGAAGUGAUGGAAUGCCCGAAAACGAGAGCGAGAAGCAGAAUGUCAAUGAUGUGAACGAUGCUGGAGGUGACGUCGAGAUGGAUGAAUAA